AUGGCACCUUCUCAGCCAAGCAUGCCCCCAACUACACCAGCAACACCAGAAUACCCAUUCCAAUACCUGUGUUCCGACUUCUUCUACUACAUGGGGAAGUACUACCUUGUAUCCGUUGACCGAUACUCUAAUUGGCCAAUCGUGGACCAUGCUAAAGAUGGAAGCGCUGGAUUAAUCAACAGUUUACGUCGCUCAUUCGUCACAUAUGGCAUCCCUGAGGAGCUUGCGUCAGAUGGUGGCCCUGAAUUCACCUCCAAGUCAACAGAAUCUUUCCUGAAAUCAUGGGGAGUCCGUCAACGUAUAUCUUCAACAGCCUUCCCUCACAGCAACAGCCGUGCUGAAAUUGGUGUCAAGACUGUCAAACGCAUGAUCGUUGGCAAUACAGAUGCUAGUGGGAACCUCGACACUGAUGCAUUCCAAAAGGCUAUGCUUGUCUACAGAAAUACACCACAACCAGACACGCACAUAUCACCUGCUAUGUGCAUCUUUGGCCAUCCCAUCCGAUCACCAGUACCAAUCCUACCUGGAAAAUAUCGCCCACACCCCACCUGGCAAGACACACUCCAGAAGCGCGAAGAAGCCCUACGACUACGUCACCUCAAGACUGCUGAACGACUUGCCAUCGGGACCCGUCCCCUACCACCACUGAAGGUCGGAGAUCAUGUACGUAUCCAGAAUCAAGUUGGUCAAAAUCCGCGCAAAUGGGACAGGACUGGAACAAGUAAGACAGUUCGACCAAUAUGCUAUCAGAGUGGAUGGAUCAGGGAGAGUUACUCUCCGCAACAGGAAGUUCCUGAGACGCUUCACCCCUGUCAUGCCUCAGAACUCUUCCUUCCAACUCCCAUCACCCCUCACUUCACAACCAUCCAUAACCCAUACUCAUACUUCACAUCCCACACUUACAUAUCCAUCACAAAUACGUCCUGUCCCCCCAAACCACCCCUCAUAUUCGGGACUGGACAAACCUGCUGUCCCUGUGGCAGUGAAGAACGAUGA